AUGGAGGCGCUGUGCAGCCCUCUCAGGGUUAUUUGUGUUGCAGCACGUCUGAUUCUUGUUGCUGAUGAUUUCAUUGCAGCUUCCAAUGAUGUGAGGUUGGUUGGCAAAGGGAACCGUUGUGCCGGCGAGCUGAGGUUCAAGCACGAGGCAGAGUGGAGACAGCUGAGCAAACAGCGCACCUGGAGCCUGAAGGAGGCCGCCGUGGCGUGCAGACAGCUCGACUGCGGCUCUGCUGUUUCAGUCAAAAACGUCAGGCACCGGCCCAAAGUUCUGCGCGUCUGGAGCUUUUAUUCGGACUGUGACGGCUCUGAGCGAGCGCUCACGGACUGCGGAACGGUGAGGAAGGGCCUCUCAGAUUUCACCACUGAGGUGAUCUGCUCAGACGUGCUGCCUGCUCCUGACAUCAGUUUCUACACUGACGGCAGUGAGACUUCUCCAACUGGGAACCAAACGCAGGGCGUGGUGUGGAAGGGCCACUCUUUCAGCAUCAGCUGCUCUGUGGAGCCACGAUACAGCGACGGCACCUUUACCCUCAGCUUCACCGGCGCCCACCAAAACCGCAGCUUGACCCAAGCAGCGUUCAAUUACUCGGCCAGCUUCUGGUUCAGAGCUGCCAAUCAAACACACGAGGGGACCUACAGCUGCGCCUAUCGCAACACUGUCUUCAGCCACAGCUUCUCAUCUGAGGCCGGGAGGCUCUCGCUCACUGUCAGAGGUACAAAGACACUGGCUGGAUGGCCGUGGCUACUUCAGCUCACCUCUCACCCAGUUACUUGUCACGCGGUUUAUGGUGUUGUGAUGCGAAUAUGUGUGUGCUCUCUGUGCAGAGAUGAUUCAGAUGUGAUUUUGGACGAUGGCGUGCUCAGAGCCAGAGAGGACUCCGCUGCCUGUGCUGGGAAGCUUCUCAUCCACAACGGGAACGAAACCAAACCGGUGAGCGCAGAGUCCACAGUCUGGGACCUGAACCACGCGGGCAUAGUGUGCAGACAGCUGGGCUGCGACAUCGCUGUUUCCACCGAAGCCGUCAACCUUCCCAACAAAACGCCGAUGUGGCGUUUUUUCUCUGACUGCCUUGGAAGAGAGUCUGCGCUGAUGGAGUGCGGAGCUGUAAAUCCACGGCUUUCCUCCUCGGUCAUUCAGGUGAACUGUGCAGACCUGAAGCCCACCUACGUCACAGACAUGGACACAGAUGUGGUUCCACAUCAGACUGAAACUCUUCUCUGUUUUGCCGUCUUCAUCAGGGCGCCGCGGGUGAGAGCCGAGGACACAACGCUGGACCAGACAAUCGACCGCAGAGGCGCCGACAGACGGACGGAGUAUUCUGGGUCAUGGCUCAAACUCUGGGUUUAA